AUGGAGGAGGAUGCCUCUACCCAGGCGCCUGCCUUCACGCGGCUGCCCCCCAAUGUCAUCGAGCUCAUUCUUUAUGCCGUCGAUGCCAACGCCUUUGCGUCACUGGCCCUGCUGAAUAGGCAAUGGAGGCGUGUAUCAGAGUCCCCGUCGCUCUACGCUCAUCAUUUGUCCCGUUGUCCAACCUUCACUUGGACGAUAGGGGCUCUCCCUAGCCCCGGUGAUGCUGACAGCCUUCCUGGGUUUAAGCGCCAAUUUCUUGCAAAGGCCAGGCGGAAUGCAUUUGACGUGUUUCUCCGGCCUCGCCGGACUCUGGUACGGCUGAUCUCGAGCUCAAUGAGCUCAUCUACCGCGUUCCCACAGGGAGAAGUAUUUCGCUUUGCCUUCUCGACAAAUGGCCAGCUGGUACUUUGUAUCAGUUCUUCCCGGAUUGUCGUGCUGGACGUCGCCGCGGACCCGGUAGCUGUAAAGCAUGAAUUUCAGACCCGCCGGCGGCCUAUGGGUGCUACCAUCCAGGACGAUGGCUCCCUUCUGGCGGUCCUGUCUUCGACGCAUCGGGUCAAUGUCUACCGACUUGAUAAUGAUGAGGCCAAGCAUAUACAGAUGAUUACCUUGAAUGAUGCCCCACGCGACUUGACAUUCUCUCCCACUGGGGGCGUGCUAGCUCUAUCCUUUGAGGACUGUAUUGAAGUCCAUGCGAUCGGAGAAGAUACCCUAUCGACAGAACGUCGAGCAGCGCGUUGCCCACGUGUCGAUGUACUCUCUUUCUCGUCAGAUGGAUCGAUACUGCUUGGGUCACCGGUUGAUUAUGCGGAGGACGGCACCGUUGCCAUUACUGCCCCCUUUUACACCGAAUCUGGGACUGACGCUUCGCCCCAGGAGGUCCAGAGGCGUAUGUGGACAACGCAGAUUCUGUUUCCCGAAAUAGCCCAAGGAUUUACUCACGCCUGCUUGAUCGAGAAUCAUGACGAAGCGGACGAUAAUUGGAUCAUAGGGUAUGACAUCCAGUUGGCCGCAUUCAGAGCAAUCAAAAUCAACAAUAUCAAUGCGGGCAGCGUCUAUUUUGCCAGCCCGUUUCUGCCAGAGGAGACCCGCGAAAUGUUGCCCAUCAUGGUUCCCACCACUGACGAAACUGGAGAACUUGUUGCUUUCGGAUUCCAAGACUCGGAAGUUUGGGUCUACGGAGUGCCGGAACGUCUGGAUUUAACUCAGUCAAAUCCCAACCUUGGACCACAAGGGAUUAACAGCACCCGAUUUGGCGAUGAUCACCAUUACAACGGACAGGCAGGUCUUCGGGAUAACCUGGCCCAGCUCGAUAAAAUUGUUCAGCAACCGAAAAUUCUCGUGCGCGGGCAUCGAGUCACCGACAUGCAUGGAAUCACCUCCAUUCGCUGGGUUCGACCACUCCAAACACCCAAUGCCAGGCGGCGACUGGUUGUAGUGGCCCCUGGUGGCGUGCGUUCUCCGGCAUUUGGCGAAGAAGAUGUACCCGUUGAUGGCGGGAGACUGUUGCUUUUGGACUUUGAAAGAUCAGUUGCCCACGGGGAGGACAAAGAGCUUGAUAUUGAAGUUGGGGAGACAGCGCCAAAAAUACUCAUGGAGCCAGAUUCCUCCUUAGACACAGAAGUCGAGUUGGAGAGAAGAAGGACGCGCCUGCGGCGUCCAGAUACCGACUCGGCACUUGCCCAUCGGCCAUCGAUGCCCCCUCUGAGAGGGACCCAACGAUCCACGAGCCAGACACAGCUACCAAUCCGUCGUCACAAUACCCUUGCGGUCCCCACGUCUGGCGAGUCGACAAGCGGCAACGUUGUUGAUGUUCCGUAUGACAAUACACAGCCUCGUUCACAUGAGACGCUCCAUCGGGCUGCCACAGCUACAGCAUCAACACGAGGACGGUAUGACCCCCGAUACCGCAACACUGCUAGCCGCCGCCAAAUCCCCCAUGAGAGCGACGCAGAUCACUGGGUACCGCCGCCACCCCCCUACUCAAAGGAACCGGACAGGCCGUUGCCAGAACAUCUGCAACAGACCCUUCUCCCCGGCAUGCUUGUAGCUCUUCAAAACAGCAGCAAUACAGCAGCUUCUACAUCAGUCCAAAGAGCACAGACUACCGUAGCCCGACAAACCCCACAAGAUCGCCUCCGGCCUCAAUCAGCCAUUCUCCAAAGACUGGGUACCAUUACUGGUGCCAGACUCACUGGAAGAAGCAGAGGAAACUCUACAGCUUCACCUGGAGAACCGAACCAGGAUCAAGUCAACGUCCUAACAGCAAGCGUCUCCCCUGUUCUCGAUGUUCCUCAGCAAGCUCUCGCGACCAAUGAAUCCGCACCACUGCACCAAUGGCCUCAACGUUCACACGCAGCCGCAACACCAAUUGUCCCCGUCGCCACUGGUCAUGUCCCAUCAGUCCAACCGCUUCCUACUCUAGCCGUCCACCCAGCCGAAGAACGAACCCAACGCCCCGUGAUGGAAAUGCCAUCCCUGGGGGCAACCAUGUUCGGCGAAGCCUACCUACCCUACUCGGUCUCAUCUCCAAAUCUCCUUCACAUCCCGCAGCCAUACGGCGAUGCUUUGGAUAUUACCGACAACGAUGACGCCGACAUCCUCGCAAGACAAAGGUCUUUCCGUCGGCGGGUCUCGACGGAGCCUACCAGCUUACCGCCGCCAGAAAGUGAGGAAUGGCGGAGGCGCAUCGAGGAUUGGAAUGAACAUACCAUCCAAGAACGAACUCGGAGACGACGAAACAAAUGCAUUGUCAUGUAG